CCAAGAAACUGUCCUCCAAAUGCAAAUGGCUUUGAACUUCCCCUCAUAGAAGUCAAGGUGUGACUACAGAUAUCCCAGACUAUUUUGUAUUAAACAAAUAAACAAUUACAAAAUGGAGGUUGCAAUGGUGAGUGCAGAUAGCUCUGGCUGCAACAGCCACAUGCCCUAUGGAUAUGCCGUCCAGGCUCGGGCUCGGGAGAGAGAACGACUGGCACACUCGAGGGCAGCGGCAGCUGCGGCUGUGGCAGCGGCAACGGCGGCAGUAGAAGGUGGGGCCUCAUUAGGAGGUGGAUCCUAUCACCACUACCACCAGGUACAGAGUGGGGGGGCUUCCUCUUCUCACAAUGGGAAUGGAUCACACAGCAGUUUGCUUCAGCGUCAGAACAGUAGAAGGAGGAAACGAGGAAGAAAGAGGAGCCACUAUCUGGGUAGCAGGGAUUGUGGGGCAUCCUUCCCGUGUUCUGAGCUGCUGCCUCUCAGUGGCUCUGAAGAGAAGAUACUGAAGGACUUGAGUGAGGAGGAAGAGGAGGAUGAGGGGGAGGAUGAAGAGGAUGAGGAGGAAGGAAAGUUCUUCUACAGUGAUGAGGAUGAUGUGGAUGAGUUUUCAUAUUUGGACCAACCACCUGAUGAUGGUGGUGGUGGCGGCCCUGGGGGCUACAGCACAGUACGCUAUAGCGAGUAUGAGUGCUGCGAACGGGUAGUGAUCAAUGUGUCAGGACUGCGGUUUGAGACUCAGCUGAAGACCUUGGCUCAGUUCCCCGAGACAUUGCUGGGUGAUCCGGCGAAGCGGGGCAGGUACUUCGACCCACUCAGGAAUGAGUACUUCUUCGAUAGGAACCGGCCCAGCUUUGAUGCCAUCCUGUACUACUACCAGUCUGGGGGCCGUCUGAAGAGGCCAGUCAACGUGCCCUUUGAUAUCUUCACUGAGGAAGUGAAAUUCUAUCAGCUUGGGGAGGAGGCCAUGCUUAAGUUCAGGGAGGAUGAAGGGUUCGUCAAAGAGGAAGAGGAUAAGGCUUUGCCCGACAAUGAGUUCAAGAAGCAGAUCUGGCUGCUGUUUGAGUACCCAGAGAGUUCCAGUGCAGCCAGGGGCAUUGCCAUUGUCUCUGUCUUGGUCAUCUUGAUCUCCAUCGUCAUCUUCUGUCUGGAGACUUUGCCAGAAUUCAGAGACAACAAGGAGCUCAUAUUGUCCCUGGGCUUGGGGAAGGGGCUUUUCAAUGAGACUCUGCACCUGGAUGGUGGGGGGCACACUAUCUUCAAUGACCCAUUUUUCAUUGUGGAGACAGUCUGCAUCAUCUGGUUCUCCUUUGAGUUUACAGUGAGAUGGUUUGCCUGCCCCAGCAAAGCGGUCUUCAUCAAGAACAUCAUGAACAUCAUAGACAUUGUCUCCAUCUUGCCUUACUUCAUCACCCUGGGCACUGAGCUGGCCCAGCAGCAGGGCAGUAAUGGUCAACAGGCCAUGUCUUUUGCUAUCCUGAGGAUCAUCCGUCUGGUCAGGGUGUUUCGCAUCUUCAAGCUCUCCAGACACUCUAAGGGUUUGCAGAUCCUAGGUCAUACGCUCAGAGCCAGCAUGAGGGAGCUGGGGCUCCUCAUCUUCUUUCUUUUUAUUGGAGUCAUUUUGUUUUCCAGUGCUGUUUACUUUGCAGAAGCUGAUGAACCUUCCACUCAUUUUCAAAGCAUCCCAGAUGCCUUUUGGUGGGCUGUAGUGACCAUGACCACAGUUGGUUAUGGGGACAUGAAACCCAUAACUGUGGGUGGGAAAAUAGUCGGGUCCCUGUGUGCCAUCGCGGGUGUGUUAACCAUUGCUUUACCAGUGCCAGUGAUUGUCUCCAAUUUUAACUAUUUCUAUCACAGAGAGACUGAGAAUGAAGAACAAACACAACUGACGCAAAAUGCAGUCAGUUGUCCAUACCUCCCAACAAAUUUACUGAAGAAAUUUAGAAGCUCAUCAUCUUCUUCCACAGAGGGUAAAUCAGAGUAUUUGGAGAUGGAAGAAGGAGUUAAAGAGUCUCUUUGUGUAAAGGAAAAAAAAUGUCAGGACACAGGGAAUGACAGUGAGACAGAGAAGAAAAACUGUGUAAAUUCAAAAUCUGUGGAAACUGAUGUGUAA